GCUCUCUGAGCAGCACCAUGGCGGUUGGCAAAAACAAGCGCCUUACGAAAGGCGGCAAAAAGGGAGCCAAGAAGAAAGUGGUUGAUCCAUUUUCUAAGAAAGAUUGGUAUGAUGUGAAGGCACCUGCUAUGUUCAAUAUAAGAAAUAUUGGGAAAACACUAGUCACCAGAACUCAAGGAACGAAAAUUGCAUCCGAUGGCCUCAAGGGUCGUGUAUUUGAAGUGAGCCUUGCUGAUCUGCAAAACGAUGAAGUUGCAUUUAGAAAAUUCAAGCUGAUUACUGAAGAUGUUCAGGGCAAAAACUGCCUGACUAAUUUUCAUGGCAUGGACCUUACCCGUGACAAAAUGUGUUCCAUGGUUAAAAAAUGGCAGGUGAGACCAGCAGUUUCCCUUAGAAUACAUAGUGCUAUGCAGUGUGUGACCAAGGAUGUCAUGAUGUGAUGACAGAAAGGAGCA